AUGCAGUUCCUCCCCCAAUACCACUCACAGCAGUCGCCAAUCCGCAUCAUCCACGUGGGAGCCGGCGCUGCAGGCAUCCUCACUGCCUAUAAGGCUAAGAAGCUCCUCCGGAACUUCUCUCUGGUCUGCUACGAGAAGAAUGAUGGCGUGGGAGGUACAUGGUACGAGAACCGCUACCCAGGCUGCGGUUGCGAUGUCCCUGCCCACUCUUACUCCUUCACAUUCGAGCCAAACCCGGACUGGAGCGGCUUCUAUGUCGGGGCGGCAGAGAUCCUAGCGUACAUGGAGAAUUUUGUUGAGAAGCACAGGCUGCGUGAGUUCAUUCAGCUCGAGACAACUGUGACGAGUGCGGAAUGGGAUGAACCCGCUGGGGAAUGGAUGGUAGAGUUGCAGCGCAAGGAUGGGUCGCGCUUCACCGAUCGAUGCCAUGUGCUUAUCAACGGCUCCGGACCACUGAACAAAUGGAAACUGCCGGAUAUCCCUGGAAGAGAAAUAUACAAAGGAAAGUUGUGCCACUCAUCGAGCUGGGAUCCGAGCAUCGAUUGGACAGGCAAACAAGUGGCAGUGAUUGGAUCCGGGGCGAGCGGCGUCCAGAUUGUGCCUCAGCUUGUAAAAGGGUCCAAGUCAUUAACACUCUUUGCGCGGUCAAUCCAAUGGCUUACGCCUCCCUUGGGCCUCCAGGAGAUCACCGUUCCAGGCGUUGAGACCAACCAAGCUCGUCUGCCCGGUCCACUGGGAAAGCACCUCUAUACCGAUGUGGAGAAGCAGGCAAUGAGAGACAACCCCGAAGCGCUGCUGCAAUACCGUAAGCAGGUCGACAUGGAGCUCCAGCGCUGGUUCGGUGUAUUUCUGCGAGACUCUACGCUGUCAUCUGGAGCGAUGCAGGUCAUGGCCGAAGGAAUCCGCGCCCGCUUCGGCCCCGAGAACCAGGAGCUGGCUGAGAGCUUUGUACCGGAUUUUGGGCCCGGAUGUAGGCGCAAUACACCCGCGGAGGGUUUCAUUGAAGCACUCAUCCAGCCAAAUGUAACCACCAUCAGGGAAGGCAUUGCGGCCUUUACCGAGACGGGGCUGGUCACAGAUGGUGGGCAUCAGCACGAUUUCGACAUAAUCGUGUGCUGUACAGGGUUUGAUGUCGCGUACACGCCACACUUCCCAGUGAAGGGUCGGGGAGGAGUCCUGAUGAGAGAACAGUGGGCGGAGAAACCUCGAAUCUACCUGACGGUCGCAACUCCUGGGUUUCCCAAUUUCUUCCAUAUUGGCGGACCAACAGGGAACUGGGGAUCGGGUUGCGUCUUGGCAUCGCACGAGGUCCAAGCUGAAUAUGCGAUACAGGCUUGUCUCAAAAUGUCUAGAGAGCAGCUGCACUCCGUCGAGCCCAAGGACGGGCCUACGGACCAGUAUAUGGCACACAACGCAGCCUGGCAUGCGUCUUUUAGCCACUGGGCUGACGGGUGCCGCUCGUGGUACAAGAAUGGAGGCCGUGCUGACGGUGAGGUGAUGCUAUGGUGCGGAAGUAUGCUACACAUGAUGAAGACGCUUCGGAACCCGCGCUGGGAGGAUUACAAGAUACGGUACCAAGACCAAGCGAACAUGUGGGCGUUCCUGGGGGGCUGGGGGAGAAGCGAGAUCGAGGAUAAAGCCGACAAGGGGCUACCCGCGGACUUGAGUCCGUUUGUGCGAAGCGGAGAUGUGUCCUAUGAGAUUGAGUAA